GCGCUGGGAACUGACUAGAGGAACGGAAAAUGGCGGAUCUCGAAGACGUUACGCUGGACGGGAGACCGCUCCAGUCCCUUCGAGUAGCAGAUUUAAAAGCUGCCCUUGAGGAGCGAGGACUUUCAAAAAGCGGACAGAAGAAUGCGCUCAUUAAAAGACUCAAGGGGGCUCUCAUGCUGGAGAAUCUGCAGAGGACCUCCACCGCUCACAUUGGACUUCAGCCAAACUCUCAGAUUGGUGAGGAAAUGAGCCAGAACAGCUUCAUAAAGCAGUACCUGGCGAAACAACAGGAGCUCCUGAGGCAGCGGUUGGAGAGAGAAGCUCGCGAAGCAUAUGAUACUAAUGAACAAGAGGAUCAUACAGAAGUUAAUAACAGCACCUCAUGCCCUCCACAAGCCCAGGAUGUUACACCGGCACUGACUGACCAGCACAGGCCACCAGGCCCUUCUGGUGGAGUUGCAAUGUCAGGUGCAGUGAAUGAGGGGAUGAGUAACAGGAACCAGGAUAUUGACAUGUCUGGUCCUCCUGCCUCUGGCUCCUUGACAAUGCGUGUUGCUGAGCACCGAUUAGAGAGGGGCCCAGCAUCCAGCGAAGCUGUUUGUGACAGUGAUGAUGAGGAUAGUGAGGACGCAGAGGAGGACGGUGACGAUGAUGACUGGGAGGGCAGUAUCCAGAGGCGGAUCCCCAGAGAGCCAGCUAGAGGGCCUGUAGCCAGGGAGAGGUCUGGAGCAUCUUGUCAACCCCAGCAGCAACACAUCCCUUCCCUUUUGUCUCCUCAGCUACGCCAGCCAACCCCUCCUCCCUCUCCACCACCAGAAUUAUCAUUUCCUCUACCUGACACCCCUAAGCAGAGUCCCCCUAGUCCUGAUGUAGCCCCAGCUAGACGCUCACCCAGUUCUUCCAGCUCUGGAUCCUCAAGCAGUGGCAGUCGUAGUAGCAGCCCAGAACCACACGGUGGGCACGCUGAGCGCAAGCCUGGUCCUCUGACGCUUCUGGCGCUUAAAAUGGAGUCGGAAGGUGCUUUCUCUGGAGCAGGGUGGCAUGGCCAUGAUGGUGAUAGGCAGGAUAACACUUCAGCCUCAGCUGCAUCAAUUCCUGGCAGAGGGCCUCCAGAGGGUUUAGUAUCUGCUGUUUCUCGCACAGCCAUGACUACAGGCCAUACUCAAUUUCCGAUGAAUCUAGGCACCAACCAGGGUGCCGCAGGAGCACAUUCAGCCCAUGUGCAAGUACCUGUGAGUGUCCUUAAGGCUGCUGCUAAAGAAGACAGGGGCAGAGAGAGGGAGGCUGAGAUAGAAAGAGAAAAGGCUCUUGAGCUAGAAAGGCAGGAGAAACAGAGGAAACUUGAGCAAGAACGAGCAAUGGAGGCAGAGCGGGAACGAGCUCUUGCACUGGAGAGAGAGGAAAGGCAGAGAGCUUUAGAAAGGGAGAGAUUUGAACAGGAGCAGGCCUUAGAAAGAGAAAAGGCUUUGCAGAGAGAGAGAGAACUUGCUCUAGAAAGAGAGAGGCUGGAGAGGGAGCAGGCUUUGGCCAGAGAGAGAGAAGAACGAGAGAGGGCCCUCGAGCUGGAGAGGCUGAAGGAACUCGACAGACAAAGAACCCUGGAGCGAGAACGAGAAGAGAGGGAACAGCGAGAGAGGGAAGAAAGGGAGAGGGCAAUGGAGCUCGAGAGACUCAAAGCUCUGGAUCAAGAACGGCAGGAGAGAGAGAGGGCUCUUGAACAGGAAAAGUUAGAGAGGGAAAGAGCUUUGGAAGCUGAACGAAAGGAGAAGGAGCGGAUUGAGAGGGAAAAGGCUCUGGAGCAGGAACGCUUAGAAAGAGAAAGGCUGGAGAGGGAGAGAAUAGAGAGAGAGAAAGCUCUAGAAAGAGAGAAAGCUCUGGAAAUGGAGAGGAUAGAGAGAGAACGAGCUUUGGAGCAAGAAAGAAUUGAGAGGGAGAGAGCCUUAGAGCAAGAGAGAAUCGAAAGAGAGAAGGCUUUAGAGCUUGAGAGGGAGCGAGCCUUGGAGCAACAGAGAUUAGAACUUGAGAGGAAGGAAAAAGAGAGACUUGAGAGAGAGAAAGCUUUGGAGCAAGAAAGAAUUGAGAGGGAAAAAGUCUUGGAACAAGAGAGGAAGGAGAAAGAGAGGGAGGAACAGGAGCGCAUGGAGAAGGAGAGAGCUGAAAAGGAGAAAAAAGAAAGAGAGAAACAGGAAAAGGAGAGGCUUGAGAAGGAGAAGCUAGAAAAGGAGAGGCUAGAGAAGGAGAGACUAGAGAAGGAGAAGCUUGAAAAGGAGAGACUGGAGAAGGAGAGGCUUGAAAAGGAAAGACAGGAGAGGGAGAAAGAAAGGGUCCUGGAGUUAGAACGGCAAAAGGCUCUUGAAACUGAAAGAUUAGAGAAAGAGAGGGCCAUGGAAGAGGAGAAAGCUAGAAUGGCUGAAAAGGAGAGGGAGAGUCACCUCCCUCCAUCCAAACGUGGCCGUGAGAUUGGUCUCAACACCCUUCCCACUCCCCCCUCCCUUUCCCCAGGAACAGGUAGAAAGUCAUCAACAGAGGCAGGAGAGCAGGAAGGCUGCGAAGUCCAUGCCCCUGUGUCCCGGAGUGAAGCCCAGGCUGCAGAAUCCAGUUCACCCAUGUCACCACAGUCCUCAUUCAAGAAGUUUCGGUUCUUUAGAGACUCCCCUUUGCAGCCUCAGUCAUCUUCAACUUCCAUGGUCAUCAAGAGGCCUCGUACUUUCUCUGAUAGUCCCCAGCCUCAGGUCCCAUCUCUCUCCUCGCCUACCAAUACAGAGGAUCAACAGCAUGAAGGAAACACUGGUCAGGGAGAUGAGACAAAACAGAAAGGUGCUGCUGGACUGCAGUCUGAAGAGGAGGCAGCUGUUCACACUAAAAACAAAAUGGAGGACAAAGAAAAGGCAGAUUCAGACAAGACAGAAGAGGCUGACAAGGUAUCCCUCAAUAGAGCAACAGAAGUGGAUGAAGGAAGAGGUCUUUCAGACCGAGUGGAUGCUGAACAGCGACGGGGAAGAGAUGCAGAGAAAGAAGAGAAACGAGCAAAACGAAGAGCGUCAUCUAAUGAUUCCUCUUCAUCAGAAUCGGACUCUGGCUCGUCAUCAUCUCGGUCCUCUGACUCAUCAUCAUCUUCUCAAGAGAAAACCCACGCCACCCCUAGAGUUAGAAGAGAAGAGAAACCUGAAAGAGACUCCUCACCUCCGCACAGGAUGGCAGGAAAGGCUCAGACUGAGGGUUCAGAGGAAUCCCAGAAAUCCUCACCAUGCAAAAGAGAGAUGUCUGCUGCUGCUGAUGGACUUAGUCACACAAAGGAGCAGCUAAGUGAAGCACCUUCCAGAGACAGGACGCAACGGAAGAGAGAGGACAGCAAAGAUGAGGAAGAAAAGCAGGACAAACAAAGGCAGCUGAAGGAAACUGUCAUGGCAGAGCCAGAGAAGCUUACAGAGGCCAGUGAGGAGACACCUAAGGCCUUCUCGGCUCGUAAGAUCUCUCUUAGCAGCAGCAAAUCGUCUCCAAGUGCUGGUAGUGUAGAGGGUGAACCAGAGUCGGGAUCCGCAGCAGGUCGCAAGAGGAGAUGGGGCUCCAGUACAGCGGUCACUGCCAAGAAACCUUCCAUUAGCAUCACCACAGAUUCACUUAAGUCCCUGAUCCCAGACAUCCGACCAUGUCUAGGCCAGGAGGCAGUAGUGGACCUUCACCCAGAGGAGGCUGUCCUUUCUGGGGCUGAAGAUGAAGACAGGGAGCGCUCUGACCAAGAUCUCCAGAUCCGACGCACUGUAACGCAGGUGGUGCACUCGGAGAGCCAGGAGAAUGGACAGAAAGAGGCAAAGAGGAGCAGACGAGAGGAGCUGGAGGAAGACGAUUUACAAGGAGACGGAGAGAAGACAAGGCCUCAUGAGGAGAAGAUGGACACCUCAUAUCCUACAGCCAUCGAAACGCAGUCACCAUCACAUACCAGCCAUGAUGUAGAAAUCAACACUGUGACUCCCAGCGACACUCUCAUUCGUCGCUCCAUCAGCCAGCAGAAGACUGGCGUUUCCAUCACCAUUGAUGACCCUGUGCGCACAGCACGGCAGCCUUCACCGCCUCGGGGGAAAGUCUCGACUAUUGUUCACGUCUGCAAUCUGGUUCGGCCAUUCACUCUGGGGCAGCUCAAGGAACUACUCAGCAGAACUGGCACACUGGUGGAGGAGGGCUUCUGGAUCGACAAAAUCAAGUCUCACUGCUAUGUCACUUAUUCCAGCUCUGAAGAGGCGGUCGCUACUCGGGCAGCCCUUCAUGGAGUGAAAUGGCCUCAGAGCAACCCUAAAGUCCUUAGUGUAGAUUUCUGCCAGCAGGAUGAGCUGGACUUCCAUAAAGGCUUGGGUUCAGGAGACAGACCUGGAGCAGAGGACCAGGGGCCUGGUCGUGGUCGAACAUCGGGCCUGCCCUCACUCCUACCGGAGCGAGACCAAUGGGCGGAGCGUGAACGUGAGAUGGAGCGCAGGGAAAGGGCUCGAGCAGAGCGGGAGUGGGACCGUGACAAGGUCAGAGAGUUUGGGAAACCUGGAGAGGAGAGGGAAGGAGGUCCCAGGCGGUCGCGAUCCAGAGAGAGACGACGCAAAGAGAGGGGAAAGAGCAAGGAGAAGAAAACUGAAAAGAAGGAGAAAACAGCGGAGGAUCUCCCUGCAAAACUGCUUGAUGACCUGUUUCGAAAAACUAAAGCAGCUCCUUGUAUUUACUGGCUUCCUCUUACAGAGGAACAGUUUGUUCAGCGGGAAUCUGCCAGAGCAGAAAGAAGGAAGGAACGUGAGAAGUGGAGGAAGGAGCAAGAAGAAAAGGAGGAGGAGAAAAAAAGGGAAGAGGAACGCAAGGAGAGGAUAAAAGUUGGUGGCAGCGCUGCAGGAGACCGGAGUGAGGGUGAGAAAGACAAGGACAGAGACAGAGAGAGAGAGAGGGACAGAGACCGAGGCAGAGACAGGGACAGAGACAGGGAAAGGGAAAGGGAGAGGGAGAGGGAGAACGACAAACGCAGGGAUGGCUACCGUAGACCAGGGGGCAGUGGGACAGGCGGCGGCAGGCGCUCACGCAGCCGCAGUGACCCACGAGAACGGCGGCGUUAACGGCCAAACGCGUGAUGGAACUGUCCAAGAGGCCACCCUUCCAUUUGCCUUUUCACUACAUGUACUUUGUUACAACAAAGACUAAACAGAGGACCAACUGAUGUCGCACCAUCUCUAAAAUUGUCAUGUUUUUUUAAAGCACAUCUACACCUACACUGUCAUGCUUACAGGGGACCAUGAUUUUUUUUUUUUUUUUUUUUUUUUUUUUUUUGCAGUGUUGUUUCCCAGAGUGCUCUGUUUGCAUAUGUCUCAAGGUUUGAUAUAUUAUCCUUAUACGUUUGCAUCUCUUUUUUUCAGUUUUUAUCUUGACGGCAUAGCAGUAUGGCACCCUGGGUAAUUUUAAUUGUCUCCUGAUGUUCCCUGUUGUUGCCCUCAAGUGUAGGUGCUGAUUAUGAUUUGCAAUCAAUUGUCGUCGCCUCAGUGUUAACGGCUCUGCAGUCUGGAUGAGGAAUCCUAUAGCUGCUGCAUGUAGUCCCAGGCUGUCCUUGCUGGUCCUGCCUAAAGAGAACACUCCUGCCUCCUUCCGGGGCGUGCAGAAAUCUGAAAAUAUUGGAGUAGGUGUGUUUGGCAUUUUGUACAGACAUAAGAUUAAUCAAAAUCCAAGUCUAUAAAUGAGGCAGCUUUGGAGUAUUUUUGGACAGGUGUUGAGUAACUACCAAGGCAAUGCAGUGUAUCUCUCCCUUUGUUCAGUUUAGAGAUGAAUCAUUCUCUGCAGGAGGGAGUCUAUGUCACACAUGACACAAUUUAUGAUUAUGUCCUUACCAUCAAUUCUCCUCUUCCUCCUUCCCUUUUCCUCCUCUUCCUCUGGUUCUCUUACCCUGUAGUGUCAAUACAGGCCCAAGAGGGGAGGUUGCAUUAUGAGUUCUCUCACCAAUGGUUUUAAUAUUGUUUUUUAAUCGUUAUUAUUUUAUCAUUUUAGUACAAAGGUUUGUUUUUGUUUUUUAAUUUUCUUCUUUAAGUACGCCUAUCAGUGGUGAAUGUACAAAUAAUAAAAAAUUGAAUCUUA